GGUGUGGAAGACUGGCCUGCACAGAGUCCUGACCUCAACCCCAUCCAAUAUCUUUAGGAUGAACAGGAAGAUCUCUGAACUUGUAUUUGUAUGUGUAUCAUGAGUGUGUUCUCCUGCUCCCACUAUCAGCUCAGCUCACUCUCCAAUCACAGUGAUUGUGAUACUGAACAGACAGUUUGCAUGUCUCUCAGCCGUCAGAGACCUGAUUGGGCGACAUGAAAACAUCUUCAUGUAUGCAGGCCACUCCCAAACAGUAAAGUGCCAAAGUUGACAUCACUGUACUUUACCCCUUCUUUAAGUGGUUAAAGUAAAACUAUAAACUGGAUCAGUUACGACAGGUUGACACUGUAGAAGUUUAGUUUGUCGGGAUACAAUGAGCUGCUUUCUGCAGCGGCUUCAAAGAACAUCACGUUCAGGCUGUUGGUAGGAUUACUGAUAUGUCACUGAUAAUGAUAGUGUACAGUUGAGUAUCUCAUGGUGUCACUGUCAGUCAGUGCUUCAUUGUAGAAAGAGGCGUCGAAGAAAUAAAAGCAGAAAGUGUGUGUAGAGGGGAUGAGCAGAGAAGGCAGUGGAGCUCAAGUGUUCUCAGAGUUCAACAGAAGGAGAAGAGCAAGAGGAGGCCUGACCUGGGCCCGCUGGACAGACCGAGUCACUGGACCCAGGACCGUGGCCCUUCGUUAUUGGGACAUGACUGUUUGUAAGACGCCAUCGCUUAGUCCGCUGGCAGGUGUUUGAUGGGUUUCACUAUGAAUGUUUCCUUGCUGCUGCUGCCUGGCUUCCAGCUGCUCCUGAUGUUCAGUGUGGCAGCAAAGAAACAAGAACCAGUGGUUUCCCCUGAGGACCAGGGCACUCGCCUCCGAGACCUCUGGAAGCUGCACAUGAGGGACACCAUGCUGAACGGAAAAGGUUUGAGUCCUCAUCCAAUCAGAGAAGGGGUCAAACAGCUGCUGCUCUACUGCCGUGUUGGGAUUGGCUACCAUCUCCAGAUUCUGCCCAGUGGCUCUAUAGGAGGCGUCCACAAACCCACUGAGCAUUGUUGGCUAAAGGUGUUUGCUAUGAAACAUGGAGUGGUGGGAAUCAGAGGAGUCAAGAGUGGCUUGUACCUCUGUAUGAGUGGAGAAGGACUGGCAUAUGGAGCGGAGCAUUUUUCUGACGAAUGCCUGUUAAAGGAGAACCUGGAGGAGAAUCACUACACCACCUACUCCUCUCUGUCUCACCCAGGCAUCUAUCUGGCUCUUUCCCACAAGGGAGAGCUCAGAAAGGGCAACAGUGUGGGCCGCCAUCAGUCCUGCACCCACUUUCUACCUCGGAGGACACCAUGAUCAGGGGCCACUAUCAACCAGUUACUUCAGAAUUGGGGCCAAAUUAGGAAUAUGUGGUGGCUUGCGUUGCAUCUCCAGCUUGUGAGAAAAGCAACAGACUAGAAAUUGGCCUCCAACACGGCAACCUGGCCUAAGACUGCAACAUGAAAAAACACUACAACUGGAACCACAUCCAAGAGACACAAUUGGUGGGAUUCUUUGGAGCGUUACUUACUGUAAGUAAGGACAGUGAACUAUACGCUCAAAUGCUUUGUCACGCUCAGCCACUCAACCUGCAACUACUUAACUUGCUCAAAAGACCUGACAGUCUGAGGAUCAAUCAACAAACAAUGGC